UUUGAUUGUCAACCUUUGAGGAUGAACGUGGCCGUGCUGCAGGAUAUGUGGUGUGGCGGCGUGUGAGGUGGCGUUACAAGAGAAACAAACGUUGAAUAUAUAGAAUGCCCAAUGCUCUUUUUUUCUUUUUUCAAUUAAAGAAAUGAAAUUAUUAGUGUUUUAAAAAUGGAGGCAAACCGGAAAGAUGGAGAAAGAGGAGGAUGGCAUUAAUUAAUAUAAAAAUACAAUCCCAGCACAAAUGAAUAGCCAGAAGAAACAAGCUUCUGUGAAUGCAGCAAGUGAAAUUGUCAACUCCUUUUUUAUUCUAGAAGCAGCAACUUCCUCCCCAGGUAAAGGAAAUUUAUUAUAAAAUCCAGGAUUUGCUGCAUUUAUUACAUAGAGACUCAUUGGGAUCAACUGCGUAUAACUGUGUAUCAGAAUUAUGGAUGCUUUCAAAGGCUGUUUUUGCUCGACAAAAACCAGUAAACUACCGAGGGAUGAGGAUCCUAUCAUACUUGCUUCUGAAACACCAUUUACUGUCAACGAAAUAGAAGCUUUGCAUGAUCUAUUCAAGAAGCUAAGCCGUACCAUAGUUGAUGAUGAUCUUAUUCACAAGGAAGAAUUUCAACUAGCGCUUUUCAGUAAUAGCAGUAAGCAGAAUAUUUUCUCUGACAGGGUAUUUGAUCUUUUUGAUGCCAAGCAUAACGGGGUAAUCAAAUUUGGAGAGUUUGUUAGGUCAUUAAGUGUGUUCCAUCCAAAUGCUUCUGAAGAGGAUAAAAUUACAUUUGCAUUCAGAUUGUAUGAUCUACGACAAACUGGCUAUAUUGAGCGUGCUGAAUUGAAGGAGAUGGUACUGGCUAUUCUGAGUGAAUUGGAUUCUACACUUACCAAUGACGCUGUUGAUUCUAUUGUGGACAAGACAAUGAUUGAAGCAGAUUUAAAUGGAGAUGGCAGAAUUGAUCCAGAAGAGUGGAAGGACUUUGUAACUAAGAACCCAUCUCUCCUGAAGAACAUGACUCUUCCAUAUCUAAAGGAAUUAACACUAGCAUUUCCCAGCUUUGUACUCAAUACCGAAGUGCCAGACUACAAAUAACAGGAUGGUAUCAAAUUCUAUUCCCAUAAGAUGCGGUAAGCAUUAACAUGGAGAUGCUGGAAGAACCUAGGCUGCUACAGAGACGCCCUUUAAGUGCACUGCAUGCACAGUGUAAUUAUAGUCAAAAGUAUUCCUUUUCUGCUACUUUUAACAAGAAGUUUUUGAGCUUCUAAUAAGCAAGUUUGGAGGUUUGUAUAUUGAUGGAACAUGCGUGAGCUUGGCUGUUCCACAUUGUCUAGAAACUAACCAUGUGAUUUAUGAAAGACUGAUAAGCCAAUAAGACGGGAUUUUAACAAA